CAAAUAAAAUGUGAAUCCAGUGUUCAGCAAUUACACAUGCAGUUUCAACAACAUGGAAUACACACGUACGAUAUAGUUUAUGAACACUGCAUACAGUACAAUGGCCGAUAUCACAUCGUGUCUACAGAAUAUUUUGGAGAAUCAAAAACAGAUUCAAGAAGCCACAAGACUUAACAGUGUAAACAUAGCCAGAAUGUAUGGCGAAUUCACGCAAAGCACGGCCAGUAUCAAAGCUCUAUUACAAGUCCUGAACCACCGUAUCGAGAACAACGUAUUUUCCUCUCCAGUGCCACAACCGAAUUACGAAUCACGUCACAGAUCACAUCCGGGUCUUACACGCACAGGUGGCGACGGUGACGUAAGUGGUAUGGAAGGUGUACACAAAGAAUGCUUACAAGAAUAUUUUGAGUACAUCGUCAAAGAGCUAACGGUAGAUGGCACUACUCUCAUCGACGAAUUACAAGAGGAUAGUUGUCUAACAGAGGGCGAGGCGUCCGACAUUCGCUACCAAAAAGACACAAAGGCCAGGAUACGUAAACUUAUAUAUGCCAUUUACACCCGGGACAAAUCUGCAUUUGAUAUAUUUAUGAAGAAACUUAAGAGUGACAAUUUCCAUGUUUAUGAAAAAAUCCAACAGGCUUAUUCCAGCAAACUGAAUGAAGGUCCUAGAGCAUCAAAAUGUUUGAUAUGUGUAGUAAAGCGAGACGUUGACAUUCGACGUGUUGCUGACAAACUUUGCAGUCAUUUUAUCAUAGAUAUGGACUACUUAAAUACUUUGCUGUCAUAUUCAGAUCAUAGUCUACCUAAAGUUCGUAAAGAAUUCUGGAGCCAUGUUUUCUUUCAAAUAGACAACUCUAAUAAGAAGUCAGAUCAAAUUCAACAGUUAUGCAACGCUUUGUCUGAAAGCAACUACAAGAAGCACGCAGAAAACCUGCAGCGUUGGUCACACCCACAAUUGGCAUGCAGCUGCAGUGUUUAUUCAAGGUUGUCUUUCCCGGCCAACUUUUCAGAUUCAUUUAGUACAAGUGCUAGUACUGGUGACUUGAGCACAACGUCCAAUAUCCGAUCCCAGAGUCGGACAAGUUUGCAGUCUGUGUCUUCCCUAGAGGGAGAUGCUGGCAACUUGCCUUACACUGUGGCGUGGUUAAACAGUUCGCCGGCACCAAAUGCUAAGGAUGAACCAUGGCCUUACCCAGGCUCUCAGAACAACCUUCAAUAUUCACAAGCGAUUCACACAGAAGAUUCCGUGUAUUCUCUAUCUAAAAGUACCGAAGAGGAACAUACUAGCUCUCUAUCCAUAAAACCAUUAGCCAAUGAAGUGAAAGAAAAUUUGGUUAUAAAUGACAGACAAGAUAAACCUAGCGGAUCCUUAUCCCAGCCAACAUCACUUGCCAAUGAGAAAUCACCCAGGAGUAAGCCUUAUCCUCCAGAUGUAUCAACAGAUGAAGUGGAAUCCAGAUUAAAACCAAGUCGACUUGAGCUUGAUGUAGAUACAGCAAGAAAACUCGGCCAAAAAAUCUUGGAAGCAAUUGUCACACCUUUACCGGUCGUAGAUGUCUACACUGGACGGAAAAAAAUGUACACAAAGAAACGUCACACAAGAACAAGGUCUGACGAGAGUUCGAAGAUUAGGCUGGAAAACGAUCAACAUAGAAUUGGAGAACAGAACAGAUUGCGGCUUAUAAAUGGACUGCUGGACACUCCUGAAAGAGGCAUAUCUGAAAUUUUCUCAAGAACUAAGCAUACUCGAUCAAGGAGUCUGAAUGAGGACCAGACUAUUUCUGCAUACUUGAUGGAUAAAGUGGACAUUGACCAUAAACAGGAUCAGUGUAUUACAGACAACAGACCUUCAGUAACUACUCCUCCAGGUAAUAGUGCUUUGACACAAACAUUCCCUGACAAAAAUGACUCUGUCACAUUUACCCAACAGUUAAGUACGUCGGAUGGAAUCAACAACCCCAAAUUGGUCACAGAUCAGAUAAUAUUGACGCCAUCCAGACACCUUGAACCGCUCUCAUCUGGACUGGGGACGCGUCCAAACAAAAAAUCAUCUAAUCCUAGACGGCGAAAACCGAUGGCACGGUAUUGA